UUUACUACCUACAUCGCUGGCACCCUGCUUACCAUGGUCCUCCCUUUUUUAUUCAUUCCUUCACUCCUCGCUCGCUUUCCCCAUCUUCGCUAGCUUACGCCGGGAGGUCACCAUUAACAAAACAAACGCCCCUAAAAACCAGACCACAAAGGCGCAUGUUAGCGCAUCUUCAUCUCAGGGUGCGUAUUACUCCUUUUGUUUACUUCAAUACUUUCUCUCUCUACAUCUCCAAUGGCCGAUCGCUUGCAUACUUCCUAUCUGGUGUAGCUGUGUUUAUAUAGUUAUAUAUUUACACAUACUCUGUUUUUAGGGCUUUUUGUUCGAAUUUAUUGCGAUUUUUCAAUGGCCGCUCCACCGGCUAGGGCUCGUGCAGAUUAUGAUUACCUGAUUAAGCUCCUUUUGAUCGGCGAUAGCGGUGUUGGAAAGAGUUGCCUUCUUUUGCGUUUUUCAGACGGUUCUUUCACUACUAGUUUUAUUACUACCAUUGGUAUUGAUUUUAAGAUAAGAACCAUCGAGCUUGAUGGCAAGCGUAUUAAACUACAAAUAUGGGACACAGCUGGUCAGGAACGAUUCCGGACAAUUACAACCGCUUAUUACAGAGGAGCCAUGGGUAUUUUGUUGGUGUACGAUGUCACAGAUGAGUCAUCUUUCAAUAACAUAAGAAACUGGAUUCGUAACAUUGAACAACACGCUUCCGAUAAUGUUAACAAAAUCUUGGUGGGAAACAAGGCUGAUAUGGACGAAAGCAAACGGGCUGUACCUACUGCUAAGGGGCAAGCGCUUGCUGAUGAAUAUGGCAUUAAAUUCUUUGAAACCAGUGCAAAAACUAAUCUAAAUGUGGAGCAAGUUUUCUUUUCAAUUGCGAAGGAUAUCAAGCAAAGGCUUUCAGAAACCGACACCAAGGCUGAGCCAACUACAAUUAAGAUCAAUCAAGCAGACGGAGGAGCUGGGAACAGUCAAACUGCACAGAAAUCCGCCUGCUGCGGUUCUUAAAAGGAAAUCUAAUUGUCAUGAUAUAUGAGGGGUGGGGGAUUGUAAUUUUCAACUUAUUUGCAAUUUUUUAAGAAAAAAGAAAGUGAUGUGUUAGUGUGUGAAAGAAACAUAGGUUUUAAUUACUGAAUUACCGCUUCUUCUUGCAGCACACUUGAUAUUUUUCUUUACAAUCUUGUUGUUUCACUUAUUGUUGCAAGAUGUUGUAGUUAUUGUUAAAAGACAACUUAUAUGUU